UCAUUACAACCACUGCUUAAUUAGAAAUCAAUUAGUCAAAGUGAAUAAUGAAUGUGGAGGUGUUAAAUUAAAUAACAACAAAAAAAGCAAAAUACAGCAACAAUAAUGGAUUACGAACAACAUAACGAAGUGUCGACAAGUUACAGCAAUAUGAAAAACAACUACAACGAAUACAAAUAUGACAAAGAAUACAAUUACAGGAUGAAAGUGGAUGAAAUCAACCAGGGCAAUAUAAAUACUCCUUUUUCUGUCAAAGACAUUUUGAAUAUAAACCAAAUAUCAUAUUAUGAAAGGAGUGAGUGGAAACCAGAUAGAAGAAACCCAGAGUACGAACUGUACCAUCAAAGCCAAUAUUGUCCUGAGUAUUUAAGUCAAGUUUACCCAACCCAUAACGAUUAUUGGAACCCAGAAGUAUACCAUGAGCCCAAAAUAGAAGAUUAUUACAAUUACAAUCCAUAUUGUCAUAGCUUUUACCAUCAGAACCACGAAUAUCCCGAUUUAAAUAACCAUCACAGUAUGAUGGAAGUACCAGGGAAGGAUAACCAUGAGAGAGAUCUGUCAGCUUUAGGUGUUAAGGCAGAGAAAGGCAUUCAACAGCUUGCUCCUGAAAGCACGUCGUAUUCGGAGGCGUUGCAAAAGUUUCCGUCCAUAGCUAAAAAACAAACAAAGCCAACUUGCAGCAGUAAGCUGGAAAAGAAGAACAUCAAGAGGAAACCGAGGAUCCUGUUCUCCCAGACCCAAGUCCACGCUCUAGAGGUCCGUUUCAGAGCUCAGAGGUACCUCACAGCACCGGAGAGGGAGCAACUCGCCAAGACCCUAAACCUAUCACCUACUCAGGUCAAAAUAUGGUUCCAGAACCGAAGAUACAAAAGUAAAAGGCUCAAAUCACCGGAAGUGUCAACAUCCACAGACGCUAAGCCGACUAAGAACACCGGAAGGAAGUUGUUUAGGCCGGAACAUAGAGAACUACCGCCACCUUACGAAUAUAAAGUAGAAAGCCUUCCGGAACCAGACAACAUGACUUCUACAAUCUAUUUUGAUGAUAGCUUGACAUAUGAAGACAACGAAGCCGAGAAAUACUAUUCUAGAGAGUUAAACGAAGAUGCGAAUGUUGGUAGUUCCAUGCAAGAGAUGUACCAAGGCGAAGUUAAGGAGGGUUAUAAAGAAGCUGAGAUGAAAAAAUAUUUUCCUGUAAGCUAUGUUUGUUGAAAAUUAAUAAGUACUUAAUAUAUUUACAGUGGUGUGCAUUUCAUGGAUGAAAAAAUGCACUGUCUACUCUGACUAUCCGGUAUUGGAGAAUGAUGCAUUUGGUACAAUUUUCACACAUGCUUACCCUGUUAAGGACCUUGUGCACGCCACUGUUUGUUUACAUUAUUGGUUGCGUCCGUCUGCGUUCAAAUAUGUACUUCAAAAUUGAGAUCAAAUCAACUUUCGUUUAUUUAUUAUGAACAUUAACAUUUUGAAUGUUGUAAAGAGAUGUUUGUUAUUUUUUGUUUUUCGUUAAUUACGAAAGAUUCCAAAUCUACUAGACAUAUUUUAAAAAUUCAUUUACCAAUGGAGAACUACAUUAUCAGCGACUAACAUGUGCUAUCUUUUUAUCCUUAUAUACCGAAGAGAAUUUUUAAAGAUUAUAACUUAUAAGUAAAGUCGCAAACAUCAUAAGAACGCAAGUUAUAAAUUGCUGGACGCACCUGGGCAUGCAAAGUCAUACUUUGCAAUACCAAGCGUCCACUGCUUUCUCAAAUGUCACGUGUAAGAGUUUUUGUGGAUGGACGUACCCUUGGACGCAGUGGACCUUCGCUUUUUGUUAGGUACCCAUAUACCACAUGUUUGACUUUUUAAAUCCGUCCAAGCAGAUUUGAAAAAGUGGACGCAAUUUGAGGAUUUUAGGCUUUUUUAGGGAUUGGUUUUAAUCAAUUUGUAAUAUAAGAUAUAAACUACUUCGAUUUAUCGUAAUUAACAAGAUAAGACAUAAGUUAAUGCAAUUUAUAUAAUUUAGGUAAUUGGCAGCUCAUAUUCGACAAAUGUUUGUUUCCAAAAUAUUUCACGCAUUCUGUGUAAUAAUUCGUCAUUUGUAUGGUCCAUAUUAUGUAAAUGAGGAGAUCCGCAGAAGAACCAAAGUCACCGACAUAGCUCAACGAGUUGCGAAGCUGAAGUGCCAAUGGGCGGGGCACAUAGCACAUAGCCGAUGGACGUUGGGGUUCCAAAGUGCUGGAAUGGCGACCCCGCACUAGUUAGCGCAGUGUUGGUCGACCCCCACCAGAUGGACUGACGACAUCAAGCGAGUCGCAGGGAUUCGCUGGAUGCAGGUGGCUCAGUAUCGUGAUGUUUGGAAGUCCUUACAAAAAGCCUAUGUCCUGCAGUGGACGUCCAUCGGCUGAUAUGAUGAUGAUGAUGAUGAUAUGUAAUUGUGAUUUGGGUGUCAAAACGUUUAAUCUCAAUUUGUAGGUUAUAAAUUUCAGAUUAUAUCAAGGUUAUUUUUGCAAAAAAAAUCUCACUUUGGAGAUGUAGAGGUAGAUACUUACGAGUUUAUGCUACUGUGGACCUCAUCUGACGUUUCGAAAGUGCUUGUAAACUAAGUCUAAUUGAAAUAAAUAAAAGACUUUGAUUUGACGAAGUCCAACUUAUCAAAAGUCAAGCAUGUGGUUAAAUAGGGAACCUAGCUUUAGACUGACUGCCAAAGAGUAUUAUUUUGUUAUAUUUGUAUUAGGAUAAUAAUAAAUAUAUAGUUUUUUUGUAUUUUGUGAAAUUCGCGCUUAUCAUGUUUUAUUUGUGAAGCCAUGUCCGCCAAAGUUUACUUAUAGUUUAUUAAUAUUUAAUGUUUUUUUUAAUAAAUGUGAAAGACUGA